CUUUCUUGUAGGACUUGUCUCUAGCUAUAGUUAUACUCGUCUUAGGCUUCCAAAAUGAUCAAUUUUGUGUCAAAGGUUAUCGUCUUUACUCUGGCUCUUACUGCUCUGGAAUUUGUUGAACUUGUUUGUGGUUUUAGGCACUGGAAAUGGUCUAGUACUAGUGGAAAAUUGAACCCUUCUGAGAACAUUGACCACCUUGUGACCAACUUGCCAGGCCAGCCACAGGUAGAAUUCCGGCACUACGCUGGCUAUGUUACGGUGGAUCAAACACAUGGAAGAGCUCUUUUUUACUGGUUUUAUGAGGCUACUUCUCGCCCCGACGAAAAACCUUUAGUACUGUGGCUUAAUGGAGGUCCUGGGUGCUCUUCUGUUGGAUAUGGAGCAACUCAAGAGAUUGGUCCUUUCAUAGUGGACACUGAUGGCCAUGGACUUAAAUAUAAUCCCUCUUCAUGGAACACAGAGGCCAACAUGUUAUUCCUGGAAUCUCCAAUUGGGGUUGGCUUUUCAUACUCAAAUACCAGUACUGAUUAUGACAAUCUGGGAGAUGACUUUACAGCAAAUGAUGCUUAUACUUUCCUGCAAAAGUGGUUCCUCAAGUUUCCGUCGUACCGAAAUCGGUCGUUCUACAUAGCAGGGGAGAGCUAUGCUGGAAAAUAUGUUCCUGAGCUGGCUGAGCUCGUCCAUGACAAAAAUAAAGACCCUUCUCUUCAUAUUGAUAUCAAGGGCAUCCUGUUGGGCAAUCCUGAAACAUCUGAUGCUGAGGACUGGAAAGGGCUGGUGGAUUAUGCCUGGAGCCACGCAGUGAUAUCAGACGAAACUCACAAGAUUAUCAAAGAAAACUGUGAUUUUAACAGUAACAACACGUGGGACAACGACCAGUGUAAUCAGGCCGUCGACGAAGUGCUCAAACAGUACAAGGAGAUCGACAUCUACAGCCUUUACACCUCGGUUUGCAUUGCGGAUUCGGCUAGCUCGGAGGAUUCUUCAUUCCAAGUCAUGAUGAAGCGCUCAUCUACAAUGAUGCCGAGGAUCAUGGGAGGGUAUUACGAUCCAUGCCUCGACGAGUAUGCGAAGGCCUUUUACAACAGACUCGAUGUGCAAAAGGCCCUUCAUGUAAACGACGGUCUUCACCUCAGAAACUGGAGCAUCUGCAACUUUAAAAUAUUCAGAGAGUGGUCUGAUUCAAAGCCAUCUGUUCUUCCCAUCUACAAAAAGCUCAUUGCAGCUGGGCUCAGAAUAUGGGUCUACAGUGGGGACACAGAUGGAAGAGUUCCUGUGCUGUCUACAAGAUAUAGCUUGAGUUCUCUUGGACUGCCCAUCACCAAGGCAUGGAGGCCAUGGUACCACCAGAAGCAGGUGAGUGGUUGGUUCCAAGAAUACGAGGGUCUUACUUUUGCAACGUUCAGAGGAGCUGGUCAUGCAGUGCCUUGCUUCAAACCAAACAACUCUCUCGCAUUCUUCACAUCCUUUCUCAGUGGGGAAUCUCCACCUUCUACGCGAUGAGUAUUUUGUAUUUUAGCCUCAUAUGUGACGAGCGUUUUGUAUUUGUAGCACUCGGAAAAGAUUUUGCUGAUCUUACUAUAUAUUAUGGCAUAUUACCUGAGAAGUGUAGCAGGAAAAUGCUAGAAAUAGAGAAAUAAAACGCCAGUGCUACUUUACCAAUAUUAUUAUAUAGAGAGGAGGCUUUCUUUCUUUUUGUUUUUUUUUUUCCACUAUUUAUGAAGUACUCCUUUGCGAAGAACCU